UCUCUCUCUCUUCCAAAAAAACUCGAAAUCUUUUAGAAACCAAGUUUUGAUCUCCCCAAUCAUCAUCAUCAUCACCUCUCUCUUUCUUUCUCCAUUUCAAGAUUUCUCCUCAGGUUAUUAAAACAACCGUCUCUCUUAUUCAUCAAAAUAGCUUUUGAUUAGGUUUCAGGAGAACGUCGAAGAGAGGUGAAUCAAUCAAUCAACAAAAUGGCAGAUAAACCGGUUCUUCAAAAACCACCAGGUUACAGAGAUUCAAACAUGGCCACUCCUUCUCCUCCUCCACCUCCCCGACAACAACAACAACAACAACAACCACCACCCAUGAGAAAAACCGCCGGAGCGCCUUCUUCUUUCCGACCAAAGCGUAAACGCGGAAGCUGUUGUCGCACAUGCUGCUGCUGCCUCUGCAUUACCCUCGUCCUCCUCACCUUCCUCCUCUUAGUCGCUACCGCCGUCUUCUACCUCUGGUUCGAUCCAAAGCUCCCGACUUUCAGCCUCGCUUCUUUCCGCCUCGACGGGUUCAAACUCACCCCCGACCCCGACGGCGCGUCUCUCUCCGCCACCGCCGUGGCGCGCGUGGAGAUGAGGAACCCCAACACCAAACUCGUUUUUUACUACGGGAACACCGCCGUGGAGAUGAGCGUCGGCAGCGGAAACGACGAGACGGGGAUGGGAGAGACGACGGUUAGUGGGUUCCGACAAGGUCCGAAGAACUCGACGAGCGUGAAAGUGGAGACGUCGGUGAAGAACCAGCUCCUGGACAUAGGAUUGGCUAAGAGACUCUCGGCGAAGUUUCAGAGCAAAGAUUUGGUGAUGAACGUUGUGGCCAGGACGAAAGUUGGAUUAGGUGUCGGAGGGAUUAAGAUCGGAAUGCUCGCCGUUAAUUUGAGAUGCGGCGGCGUUAGCCUGAACAAGCUUGAUACUGAUUCACCUAAAUGCAUCCUCAAUACACUCAAAUGGUAAGAUUAACAACAAUCUAGAUUGUUUAUAUUUUGUUGUGUUAGUUUAAAUCCAAAGUUUGGGACUUUAUGUGUUUAAUAUUGCAGGGUGAAUUUACAGUAAUG